AUGGAACGCUUAUUUUCUGCUUUUUGCAAGGAUCGUAUUCGGCUUCUUGACUUUCCCGAACUUGCAACCCAAGUCGCAAAUAUUAUUGCCGCAGCUCCAGCAACCUUGACUAAGCAGGAUCUAUUGAAGAAGGCUGCUGAGUCCCCUGGUGACCUAACUUCCUCUGAGAUUGAUUUGCUACAGGACCGCUACUGGGGAAACCGCCUACUGGAUUUUCAAGCUAAGGCAAUCCCAAAUGCGUCCGAUGAGGACGACCGACAAUUUCAAGAAAUGGUCGAAGCUGAUCAGGGAAAAAAGCCGUGGGGUUAUGCGAUAUUUGUGGACCCUCAUUGGGAGGCAGAGAAUCCCGAUCGCUCGGAAUCUUAUGAUCUAAAGUCAGCGCAUUAA